AGCAUGACAGAGCUCCACGAAGCUGUGGCUGUGGGGGACUAUGACCUGGUGGAUGAGAUUUUGAGGACAGGGCGCUGCGACCCAAAUCACAAGGAUGCUGACUGGCACGACAGGACCCCACUGCACUGGGCUGCUGCAAAAGGGCAAUCGGAGCUGGUCAAGCUCCUUGUGGAUCAUGGCGCCCGGCAUUGCCUGCGGACUGAGGUGGGCUGGACUCCAGCUCACUUUGCUGCCGAGGCGGGCAGGCUGGGUGUGCUUCGCACCCUUCAUUCCCUGCAUGCUGCCAUGGAUGCGGCUGACCUCUUCGGUGACACCCCCCGGAGGCUUGCGGAAAUCUACGGUCACCAAGACUGCUCCAGGUUCUUAGAAAGAGCAGAGGUGGAGAGCAGAAACUAUCGCAGGACAGCAGCAAUGAAAGGAAUCCCAUUAGACCAGAUUGAUGAAGACUGGGAACUCAAGAAAGAAGAACUGAAGAGAAACCCACCAUGUUCUUGGAAGAGCUAUACAUCCUUUGCGCAACAGAAAAGUCGAAAACAAAGGGGGAAGCAGUAG